AAGUAACUGGUAAUAAGACCUCUGUAGCCAUGGCUAGUUCUGACUUGAAACCAAAAUCAGUAAGUCAUGCCAAAAAGUGGUCAGAAGAGAUAGAAAAUCUGUACAGAUUUCAACACGCAGGAUAUCGAGAUGAAAUUGAAUAUAAACAAGUGAAGCAAGUUGCUAUGGUAGAUCGUUGGCCAGAGACAGGAUAUGUGAAGAAACUUCAGAGACGGGACAAUACUUUCUAUUACUACAACAGACAGAGGGAAUGUGAUGACAAGGAAGUCCACAAAGUGAAAAUUUAUGCUUACUAGCCUUACUUCUUUGUAUUACCUGUCAUUAUCUUUUUAAAAAUCCACUGUUUGAUUCUACAUAUGUAAGUGUCAUUUUA